UUCCACCGUUGGCCGGAUAGAAGACGCAGAAGCACCGGCUCUCAGAGCGGCUGUCAGACGGUUCUAGAAGACAGCGUGCACCGGCUCCCUGCUCGUUCCGUUCAACCGAGUCGGUACCCGCAUCUCGCCGAGCUCAUGGCCAAGUGGGGAGAAGGAGACCCUCGCUGGAUCGUGGAGGAGAGAGCCGACGCCACGAACGUGAACAACUGGCACUGGACGGAGCGCGACGCCACCAACUGGUCGUCGGAGAAGCUGAAGUCGCUGCUGCUGGGUUUGAGCGUGGAGAAUGAGGACGGCAGCUGCGAGGUGACGGAGGUCAGCAAGUUGGAAGGAGAAGCCUCGAUUAACAACCGCAAAGGGAAACUCAUCUUCUUCUACGAGUGGAACCUGAAGGCGACCUGGACCGGAAAGUCGAAAACGGGAGUGAAGUAUAAAGGAACGGUUGAAGUCCCGAACCUGUCAGACGAGAACGACAUGGAGGACCUGGACAUUUCUGUAUCUCUCAACAAAGAGGAGCCCGAGACGCCGCUGACCAGCCUGAUGAAGACGAAAGGAGCCGAGAAAGUCCGCGAGGCUCUGGGAAGCUACGUCGGCUUCCUGAAGACAGAGUUCACUCAGGGGAUGAUCCUGCCCACGGCCAACGGCGUCGCCAAGCCUCAGACCACGUCUCAGUCCAAAGCCAAGCUGGAUAAAACUCAGAUCUCGUCCUCGGGCAGCGGGACGGCCGCGCCCGUCAACACCGGCGUCAAGAUCCCCACCUGCAAGUUCAGCAUGAGGGAGACGUUCCUCACCUCCCCCGCCGAGCUCUACAGAGUCUUUCUCAACCAGGAGAUGGUCCAGGCGUUCACUCGCGGCGCGGCCACGGUGGAAGCAGAGCGAGGAGGGAAGUUCCGGAUGCUGGAUGGAAAUAUUUGUGGUGAAUUCACAGAGCUGGUACCGGACGAGAAAAUAGUAAUGAAGUGGCGAUAUAACAACUGGCCCUGUGAGCACUACGCCACCGUCAGCAUGCAGCUGUUGGACCGCAGCAGCGAGACGGAGCUGAAGGUGGAGUGCCGCGGCGUCCCGGACAGCCAGGAGGAGCAGACGAAAGAGGGCUGGAAGAGAUACUACUUCCAGGCCAUCAAACAGACUUUUGGAUUCGGAGCGCGGCUGUUCUGAAGACCGCCGCCCCUCCCCCCCUCCCCUCAUGCCCCGCUCCGCCCCCCCCCUCCCUCCCUCCCUCCUCUUCUCUGUUGUCUGGAUUUUUAAACUUUUCUUUCGGUCCUCCGAUCUGUGGCUCAGAGCGGCCCGCUGUGAACUCGCGGCGGGAGUGGAGGAGGUGAGGCUCACCUGCGUGUCUCUUUGUUUGUGUAAAUGUUUUAAUUUCUCAGCUUAUUUAAGGUCGGAGUUCGUUUCCCCUCCGUCAGUAUUGAACCGGGUUGUUCAGAGGAGUGUUUGGACUGUGCCUUUGCAUAAUGGAUUGAAUAAAGAAAAGAAGAAUCUAUCGAACCACAUAUAGAAAUUGGCCUCUGCUUCUAUAAGUAAUUUGAUUCUGACAAGAAUUGAAAAAGAAAAACAGUUUCUUCUGUUUUGGGGGGAUUUCUUUCUUUGAUCAUGUGUUAUUUUCUACUCAUUUGGAGUGUAACUGUAGUGACGAUGCAUGUUUCAUUUUUAAACUGCCACGUGGAAGAGACUACUGAACGUCUGCCCCAGCGAGCCAGUCACGGUUCGAACCCCGUCAGCUGGAGGCUGGAGGGAAGCGACCCCAUGUUCAGCUUCAACAUGUACAUUUCCAGUAAAAAGAAUU